GCUGACUCAUAUUUCGGUUUAGUAUAUUUUCGAACGUCCAAAAUGGCGGGUGCUUCUGGACAAAACGAACCGCCCCAGCCUAAAAUUAGUUUGUUUGAUCUUGAAUUUAACGAAGAUCUGUACGAAGAGGAUAUUUUCGAGGUCGCCAAUGUCGAUGAAACACAUGUAUUUCUUCAACCAUUUUAUAAUGCCCGCACAAACUUCGGCCUAGGUAUGCGCCUGCACAUACUCCUUUGUGAUGAGCACCAUGGGGAUCCCGAGAUAAACGAUAUCAGGCGUUUUUUCCACAACAUACAAGUAAGAGCUAAAAUUUUCGAAUUCGACUAUUACCCCGAAAGACCUCAGAGAGUCUACGAGAAAUUAAAAACAGGUACGUACAUUCGAUAUGCCUGCAUUGUGGUGCUUUUGAAUAUCAACUGCAAGUGCAGAAACAAAAUGCUGGUAAAGCUAUUGAAGGCGAUAAAAAGCAACAAAACUCUACGUAACAAAACGAAACUGAUUCUAUGCGGCUAUCGAUUGAAUGGUGCCUUCGAUAUGGAAUGUGAACCGUACGUAAAUCAAAUGGUGGUCGAGAAGUUUCCCCAGCAAUUUACGACUACCGGUUAUUCGUUCAUGCAUCGUCCAAAGCCAAAGUGGAUACCACCACAACGGCCCGUAUGCGCUGGAGACAUAACGGAAUCGGAUGAUGAUCUGCUGAACGAUCAUCAAGUUUUUCGCCAGUCCAAUGCCGAUCACACGCUUUUGAUGCAAUUAUUCACAAAAAAACACGUCGACAUUGCACUUCAAAUGGAAUCAAUUGCUCAGUUCCUGUCAUAUAAUCCGCUGAUGCCUGUCAAUGGGCUGAGUAUGAUAGAACUUAUGUCCGAUUUCAUUUUGCAGGCCUCAGCAAAUGUUGACUACUAUUUCUACAGCAUAAAUCCCGCGCUGGCAAUUAUAUUCAAUAGCUUUAGCUUUAAAACAGAUCACGGUGUAAGGCAGGGCAGUGAAGAGAAUGUCCGACGCAUCAUUCAAGAACUGAAAGUUAUCAAUAUUCCGUUUGUGCUUAUCCAAGAUUGUACUACUCAGGAAUUUAUCAACAUCCUGCAGUACCUCAAGCACGGCAAUUUCGCUAUACUAAAAACGCUCAUGCUCUUCCUAAUGUCCCACGGCGGUAUGGGCGAUCUAAUCUACACUAUCGAUGGCCAAAUACAUCUGAUCGAGGAUGUCGUUAAGCCGCUGCAGGCCAAUAAUUCCCUGGCCAAUGUUGAAAAAAUAGUUGUGGGUAACUUCUGUCGUGGAUCCAUCAAUUACCAAGAUGAUCCCAUAAGUACUUUGAUGGAAGUUAAACCAUCAUUCUAUCCCAACCUAAGUGGAAAUUUCACCAUGAUGUUUAGUGUGCCAAAUCUGGUGGUAUCUCCGAGAUAUCCUGACGAAGGUAGUCCAUUUGUUGAAACCUUUUGUCAAUUAUUGCGCAUCAUGGAACCCCACGAGGAUCUUCGCAAGGUUAAGCAAAAAAUCGAUGAGCGCCUCAAAGAGGAGCAAUUCUAUUAUCAGGAUGCGGAAAUUUGCUCCGAUAUGGCUGUAGGUAAUCCAAAUAUAGUUCAUACUAUCAACCAGAAACGUACCGGAGCUAGGGAAAUGAUUAAUUUUUUACAAUUAUUGCAUCAAGAUUUAUCCAAUAUAAUUGGCGAUCAGGACGGCUUAACAGAAGAAGCAGCGGCGGUAGGAGAAAGUGUGGAAGUAAAAAGAGUUAGCCGGUUUUUCAUUUACGGAAAGCUCCGGAGUAACGCCAAAGAUUAUCCCAAACACUAUUUUAUGCAGAAAUAUUUCGACAAAGAACUGGAUAAUGAUGGAGUCUAGGAUGGAGUCACGCUCGUUGCCGUGAUACUGAUAGGGUAGCCCGAUGUCAAGAAAGUGGACGGAAGAAAACAGCAACAUCAGCAGAAAUUGUUCGAAAAGUAAAGAAGCGACUUGAUCGAAACCAGCUUCGCAGUGGCCGAAAAAUGGCUCGUGAGCUGAACACAUCGCAAUAUUCCAUUCGGCAAAUAUUGAAAAAUGAGCUCUGGGUAUAGCCAUUGAAAUUCCAAAAAGUGCAAGAACUAACACCGCAACAGAAAGAAAAUAUACUCAAAAGGUCAGCUGAAAAUGUGCACCUUCGGUUGGCCACCAGAACACAAGCGCCGGCCAUGGUGAUGGUGUGGGACGCCAUAACAGCUGAUGGUCGCUCUCCGCUCGUAUGGUAUCUCUCCGCUCGUGGUAUCAGAAUAAAUGCGAAAAAAAUCUGGAGGGUGUAUUUAAGCCUUGGUCAUGCAAACAUUUUGGCCGCAGACCUUGGACAUUCACGUAGGACUCAGCACCAUCACACUCAGCACGGGCCACCCAAGAAUGGUUAUAAAAUGAGGUUCCUCGAUUCAUUUUUAGCACACAAUGGCCACCAAAAUCUCCGGAUACCAAUCCGUUGGAAUAUUGUGUCGGGAGUAUUUUCGAAAGCAAGAUUGGCAAAAAAAAUAUACCAAAGUGUCGAUCACCUCAAGCAAGCGCUUCGCCGGGAAUGGGCCAAAAUAUCGCAGAGCAACAUUCGGGCAGCGUGUGACGGUUUCAUUGGCCGUUUGAAGGCCAUAAUUCAUGCCAAAGCUGAAAAAUUCGAACAAAUCUAAAUGUAUUUUAAAAUUUGAUGUUAUUUCCGACAUUUUUGCUUUCAUUCAAUAAAAUUUAAAAAAAAUGUAAAAAUUAA